AUGGAAAAGGAGCAAACGAAUCCGAGGAAACCCAGACAACGAAGGGAGGGGAAGAAGAAGAAGAAGAAGAAGGACAGGAAGGCGGAGUUUCCAGACGGUCGAAGUGUAGAGAUGGCCAGCUGCAAGUCAAGCUUUGUGUCCAUCUUGAACAAUGAUGAUAAUCCAUCAUUUGCGGUUCGAUCGACGCCGGGGAUAUCCCGACAGGGAUCUAGCUCUUCCACAUACUCCUCUCAGUCAGAACAUCAGCCGCGACCUUCACGACCCGACUACAGUCAUGGAACUCCCUAUGCAGAAUCAUCAGCAGCACGAUCACCCGGGAGGGCCCAGCGACCGCCAUUCGAUCCUGUUUCACAAACCAUGCAGCCCACUUCACCGGGAUCAUCAUCUUGCUCUUCUUAUGACUACAUGACACACCCCAGCGCUUCCACGUACUAUCAUUCUGGACGACCCGAAUCCUACGGCUAUCCUCCACCUGCGAUUGCACCCGCGGAGAAGCGGCUCAGCGGCAACUCGGCGUCGGAACCCCCGUCGCCGCCCAAGUCCCUGGGCGCCUCGAAAGACACGACGAGUGCGAAGGGAUCACGGAAGAACAAAUACCCGUGUCCGUAUGCAAAUAGUCAUGGGUGUACUGCUACUUUCACCACAUCGGGACAUGCUGCCCGUCAUGGCAAGAAACACACGGGCGAGAAGAGUGUGCACUGCCCCAUCUGCAACAAAGCCUUCACUCGAAAGGAUAAUAUGAAGCAACACAUUCGCACGCACCGUACCCACUCGGAAGACAACCCUACGGGGACCGUGGAGCGAGACAGCGAGGGCACGAGCAGUCGCUGGUCAACGCGCCGGAGUAGCCCCCAGCAGAGUCACAGCCGAUCCGGAAGUCAAUCGCAAGCGGAUGGGAAUAGCUAUCAGCACAGCAUGGAUAAUAUGAACCUGACGACGUCGAGCGGUAGUCACCGUCGGCAUUCACCGUACUGA